GAAGCCCCGCCACCUGCGCGGCGCGGCCGGGCCGCCCUCGGGCUAUUUAGCGGAGCGUUGGGCGCGGGUGCCGCUCGCAGCUGCGGCUGGCAACGGCUUUGGGCGGCAUGAAGGGCGGUGGCAUCGAGAACCCGGCGUUCGAGACACCCAGUCCCGACUUCGGCCAGCGGUACCGCGCGGGCCCCGCCAGGACAGGUGCCGGCGCCGCGGCCCCCGCCGGGCCCGGCCCUUGCCCCGAGGAGGGGCCCUGCGGGUGGGGUACCUGCACACCCCCAGCUCUGCAGCUCUGCAACAAUUCCGCGGGGUACUUGGCUGCCUACAGCCUGUUGGCCAUCUUCCAAGGUAUUGUGGUGAAUGGCCUGAUUAACAUUAGUAUUUCAACAAUUGAGAAGCGUUAUGAGUUGAACAGUUCCCUCACUGGCUUAAUCUCUGCAAGCUAUGACAUUGCUUUUUGUUUAUUGUCACUGUUUGUAUCUUACUUUGGAGAAAGAGGGCACAAACCACGAUGGCUUGCUUUCUCAGCAUUUAUGCUAGGACUAGGCUCACUUGUAUUUUCCUUACCACACUUCAGCAGUGGAAAAUACCAAUAUGGAAGUAAAAUUGAAGACAUAUGUCAAACUGCAGAAACUACCUUUGCUAAUGCCACUUGCAGUGCCAGCACAAACUCUUCACUUCGCAAGUAUCUGUACGUCUUUAUCCUUGGACAGCUGCUGCUGGGAGUUGGAGGAACUCCUCUAUAUACUUUGGGGACAGCUUUUAUUGAUGAUAGUGUCCCAAAACACAAGUCUUCCCUUUACAUAGGAGUUGGCUAUGCCAUGUCUCUGCUGGGUCCUGCUAUUGGCUAUGUCUUAGGAGGGCAGCUGCUUAAAGUUUAUAUUGAUAUCCAGUUCCCAAAAAGUACAAAGGUGGAUCAAGAUGACCCACGUUGGCUUGGAGCAUGGUGGAUAGGAUUUCUUGCAUGCUUUUUUGCCAUUUGGCUUCUUAUAAUACCUUUUUCAUGCUUUCCAAGGCACCUACCAGGAACUGCAAAAAUUCAGGCUGAAAAAAUCCCUGAAACUCAUGAUGAUGGAGGUCAGGUACUGGUUCAGACCGACAAUAUUGGACAAAGUUUUAAAGACUUUCCUAUGGCUCUCCUGAUACUCUUGAAGAAUCCAGUGCUCAUGAGUCUAAUAAUAGCCAGUUCCUCAGAAGCUUUAGUUGCCACUGGAUUUGCCACAUUUCUACCAAAGUUUAUAGAAAAUCAGUUUGGAAAGUCGUCAAGUUUUUCAGCAACUCUUGGAGGACUUGUACUAAUUCCAGGAGCAGCGCUAGGCCAAGUCAUAAGUGGUGUCUUGGUUUCCAAGCGCAAAAUGGAUUGCAGAGGCAUAAUCAAGUUCAUGAUAAGCACCUGUUCAGUGGCCUUAAUAUUAAACACAGUGUUUUUAUUUGCUAAAUGUGGGAAUGAACCUUUUGCAGGUGUCUCUGAAACAUAUAAUGGAACAGGCACUCUACAGAACUUAACAGCACCAUGCAAUGCUAACUGCAGGUGUUUGCGCUCCAUAUACUACCCAGUUUGUGGCAGUGAUGAAGUCCAGUACUUUUCUCCCUGUUUUGCGGGAUGUGCCUCAUACAUUUUUAACAACAUGAAAAAGACAUACCACAACUGUUCCUGUAUUGGGAAACCAAAAAGAGGAAAUGGUUCAGAAGACUUUAUCUAUGAAGCUGUUCCUGGGAAAUGCCCAACACAAUGCAAAUUUUUACCUUUAUUCCUGACCUUCUUCUUUUUUGCUGUUGUUUUUACAUUUAUGGCCACUACUCCAACAACUGUGGCCAUUCUCAGGUGUGUGCCAGAUAAACAGCGCUCAUUUGCUCUUGGAGUACAGUUAGUGUUUAUACGACUACUGGGUACUAUUCCUGGACCAAUUUUAUUUGGUGUUGCUAUAGACAACAGUUGUACUCUGUGGGAUAUAAAUGAAUGUGAAACUAAAGGAGUUUGCUGGGUAUAUGACAAUGAAAGAAUGGCUUAUUUGCUGAUGGGCAUAAGUGCUGCUUGCAAAAUCGUCACAAUCAUCUUUGUGGUCAUGGCAGUGUAUUUCUACAAGCCUCCACCAUUAACUAAAGCCCUGCCACAAAAGACUUCAGAAAGGAUAUCUGUUAUACGCACAUAAAUUAUGAGCAAAUCAGGGACUUUUGAAAGAAAACUGUAAAAAUAAGGGUUAUUACAACACUUGUACCAAAGUUCUUGUACACCGUUGCCUAAAUGUAAAAGAUCAUAUUCAACAUUUGAACAACGUGAAAUAUUUUGAAUCUGUACUCUUCUCUAAUUUGCUAGACAUUGUUUAGUAUUCCAUUGUGGCUAUCCAAAGAAGUUGCACUGAAAUUUGCAGUCUAAUUUUAAAAGUCUAGUAUGUAACUUAAUUGAAAUAAGAUGGAAUACUCUGAUCAUAAAACAGGAUGAAUAAAGUGAACUGAGCUGACUGAGCUGUGUUUAUCCCUAAAUGUUACUGUAGUGGGAGAAAAAUAUUAACUUGGUAUAUUGAAGGGAACUGUGUAUAUUUAAAAGGACUUAAUGUGCACAUAAUCUGGGCUAGUGCCUUUGGGGAUUUUUCUGUAGGAACACUUGGCAAUGUGUGAGUUUGGCUAUGUUUUAGAAAUAUUUUUACAUGUUAUCUUAAUGACAUAAGUUCAUAUUUUAGUAUUUGUAGGAACAUGUAAAUAGUUACGAUAGAAUAGCUGGGUUGCAAAAUCAAAGUAUUGGUUAACUUAAGUACUUGAGUUUCUGUUUGAAAUAUAUACAGAAACUUGCUGUCCAGCUGCUUUAUUUAAGCAAUCUAAAAACGUUUCUAUAAAAUUUUAAAAUAAAACCUAUUUUCUUACUGCA